AUGGAAGCUCCAAGAGCCCCCUGGAAACUUCAGUGUGCAGAACGUCGCCUCGUUGGCGUCUCCUCAUCUCGCAGUCAAAUAUCGUCACACAAACCCCAACCACCCACUCCUUUGGUAAAACACCACGCACAGAGGUGCAUAGAAUCUACACCACCUUCACUCCCCCACCCCCAACCAACAAUGUCCAAGGUCAACCCCGCCCCAGAGGUCUACGGCUUCCAGGCCGAGAUCUCCCAGCUCAUGGACCUGAUCAUCAACACCUUUUAUUCCAACAAGGAGAUCUUCCUCCGUGAGCUGAUUUCGAACUCGUCGGACGCUCUCGACAAGAUCCGCUACGCGGCUCUCACGGACCCUUCGCAGCUCGACACUGAGAAGGACCUGUACAUCCGCAUCACUCCCAACAAGGAGGAGGGCACCCUCACCAUCCGCGACACUGGUGUCGGCAUGACCAAGGCCGACCUCGUCAACAACCUCGGUACAAUUGCCAAGUCGGGCACCAAGGCGUUCAUGGAGGCGCUCUCGUCUGGCGCUGACAUCUCGAUGAUCGGUCAGUUCGGUGUCGGUUUCUACUCGUGCUACCUCGUCGCCGACAAGGUGCAGGUUACCACCAAGCACAACGACGACGAGCAGUACAUCUGGGAGUCGGCCGCUGGCGGUGUCUUCACCAUCACCGAGGACGUUACUGGUCCCCGCCUCGGCCGCGGUACCUCAAUGAAGCUCUUCAUCAAGGAGGACCUCAAGGAGUACCUCGAGGAGAAGCGCAUCCGUGAGGUUGUCAAGAAGCACUCCGAGUUCAUCUCGUACCCCAUCCAGCUCGUCGUCACCAAGGAGGUCGAGAAGGAGGUUCCUGACGAGGAGGAGGAGGAGAAGAAGGAGGGCGACGACAAGAUCGAGGAGGUCGAUGACGAGGACUCGGGCAAGAAGAAGAAGACCAAGACGAUCAAGGAGACGACCACCGAGAACGAGGAGCUCAACAAGCAGAAGCCCAUCUGGACUCGCAACCCGUCGGACGUUACCCCCGAGGAGUACUCUUCGUUCUACAAGGCCAUCUCGAACGACUGGGAGGACCAGCUCGCCACCAAGCACUUCUCGGUUGAGGGCCAGCUCGAGUUCAAGGCCAUCCUCUUCAUCCCCAAGCGCGCCCCCUUCGACCUCUUCGAGACCAAGAAGAAGCGCCACAACAUCAAGCUCUACGUUCGCCGCGUCUUCAUCACCGAGGACAACGAGGAGCUCAUGCCCGAGUACCUCAACUUCGUUGUUGGUGUCGUCGACUCGGAGGACCUCCCCCUCAACAUCUCGCGUGAGACUCUCCAGCAGAACAAGAUUCUUAAGGUCAUCCGCAAGAACCUUGUCAAGAAGACUCUCGACCUCAUCUCCGAGAUUGCCGAGGACAAGGAGAACUUCGACAAGUUCUACACCGCCUUCUCGAAGAACCUGAAGCUUGGUAUCCACGAGGACGCUACCAACCGCAACAAGCUUGCCGAGUUCCUCCGCUUCUACUCGACCAAGUCGGCUGACGAGAUGACCUCAUUCAAGGACUACAUCACCCGCAUGCCCGAGGUCCAGAAGUCGAUCUACUUCCUCACCGGCGAGUCGCUCGAGGCCGUCAAGGACUCUCCGUUCCUCGAGGUCCUCAAGAAGAAGGGCUUCGAGGUCCUUCUCCUCGUCGACCCCAUCGACGAGUACGCGGUUACCCAGCUCAAGGAGUUUGACGGUAAGAAGCUCGUCUGCGUGUCCAAGGAGGGCCUCGAGCUCGAGGAGACCCCCGAGGAGAAGGCCGAGCGCGAGAAGGACGAGAAGGAGUUUGAGGGCCUCUGCACGUCGAUGAAGGAGAUCCUCGACGACAAGGUCGAGAAGGUCGUCGUCUCGAACCGUAUCUCGGACUCGCCCUGCGUCCUUGUCACUGGCCAGUUCGGCUGGUCGUCCAACAUGGAGCGCAUAAUGAAGGCCCAGGCUCUCCGUGACUCGUCCAUGUCGUCGUACAUGGCCUCGAAGAAGACCCUCGAGCUCAACCCCAACCACCCCAUCAUCAAGGAGCUCAAGACCAAGGUCGCCAGCGACUCGGCCGACAAGACCGUCCGCGACCUCACCGUCCUCCUCUUCGAGACCUCGCUCCUCACCUCGGGCUUCACCCUCAACAACCCCCAGGACUUUGCCCAGCGCAUCAACCGCAUGAUCUCGCUCGGCCUUAGCAUUGACGAUGCCGUCGAGGCUGCCCAGGCUCCCCUCGAGGACUCGGCCCCUGCCCUUGAGGAGGCCGGCGGCUCGAUGGAGGAGGUCGACUAA